AGGUUAUUGGAACGGCUCAGGUCUUUAGACUUCUCCAGUGACCCAGUCUGUAGUGUAACAAGGCGGGUGUUUGGCCCAAGUGAUUAGUAUACCAUACCAGUUCUUUUUAUCCAUACAUAUAGUGAGUUUAAGACUAGGGCGCGCUUGUUAAAUCAAGAAAAUAAUUUUGUAGUGCAAGAUAUAGGGAAUAAUCGCCGAGAGCAAGAGAGCUCAAUACAGGAGGGUGCGAAGUCUACCUCGACCGCCAUCAUGAGACCGCCUGCCCAGGAUGAAUGCCAAACGUAUGAGGACCUUCUAGAUGAAUUUGUAAUAAUAUCGAGCGAACCAGAUAGCGAAGAGGAUGACGAAUGGGUGACGGAGACAGGAGAGACCAUCACCACUUCCACCUUGAAGGAGGAGGUGCUAGUGGAAGGAGCAGCUGGGAGCAUACAUAACACAUUCCUGUUGUCGGCUGCAGCCUGUGCCACUGCCGCUACACUGGACCGUAGUACUGCCUCGCCACACCAUACUCAACCGCAUUUUGAUUCUGAUACUCAUUCACAGCUAGAGGCACCUUUAGAAGCUGCAGAUCUGGAAGUACUUUGUCAUCUGACCUCCAGUGAUUCUUGUUCACUGGACGUAGCUGCAGCUGCCUUGACGCAUAUGGUCCUAGAAACAGUAGGUGGUGCAGCAGCAGCCACAGUGGGAGACAACAGCAGUACACCGGGGGAUAGGCAGCGCACCUUGGUGGAGGCUUGCAUGGACAGGGAUGUACUAACUGUUCGCAGGCUACUUGAUGAAGGCGGGUCUGUUCAUGAGACCACAGAAGAGGGAGAUAGCCUACUGGCUCUUGUUUGCUCUCUAGGAUAUUACGAAAUAGCACAAGUUCUUCUUGCAAUGCAUGCCAAUGUGGAUGAUAGAGGCAUCAAUGGGGACUGUAGCCCCUUGAUAGAAGGGGUCUAUGCAGGACAUAUCGAAAUAGUCAAGCUGUUGAUUGCCCACAAUACUGAUGUUAAUGCGCAAUCAUCACUUGGCUCUACAGCUCUCAUGUAUGCCUGUGCACGUGGCCACAUUGAUGUAGUAAAGGUUUUACUCCAUCAUGGUGCAAAUGUUGAAGACCAUGACAUGGACGGCCACACCCCACUGAUGCUUGCUGCUUUAGAGGGUCACGUGGAGAUUGCCAAGAUACUAUUAGAAAAAGGUGCAGGAAUCAACACCCACAGCAGUGAAUUUAAAGAAUCUGCAUUGAUUUUAGCCUGCAACAAGGGCAACUCAGAGAUGGUUAAAUUUUUGCUUGGUGCUGGAGCUGAUCAAGAACAUAAGACUAAUGAAAUGCACACUGCCCUGAUGAAGGCCAGCAUGCAUGGCCUUGUGGAGGUUGCACGCCUUCUUCUUGACUCUGGUGCGCAGGUGAACAUGUCUGCCGGCAGCUUUGAGUCACCCCUGACCCUGACUGCUUGUAGUGGCCACACUGACCUUGCACUCCUACUUUUAGAAAGAGGAGCAAAUAUCGAGGAGGUAAAUGAUGAGGGAUACACCCCUCUCAUGGAGGCUGCAGGGGAAGGACAUGAGGAGAUGGUCACAUUGUUGUUGGCUCAUGGUGCAGACAUUAAUGCACAAACGGAAGAGUGCCAAGAGACUGCAUUGGCAUUAGCAUGUUGUGAAGGCUUUAGGGAUAUUGCUGAUCAUCUUAUCAAGGCUGGAGCAGACUUAGAACUUGGGGCCUUAACGCCACUAAUAGAGGCAGCACAAGAGGGCCACCGAGACCUGGUUGAGUAUCUGAUUGAAGCUGGUGCUAAUGUCAAUGCCCAGACACCAACAAGAAAAACUGCACUAACUUACGCUUGUGAGAAAGGGCACACCGAUGUUGCUGACCUCCUGUUACAGGCCGGAGCUAAUAUGGAGCAUGAGAUUGAAGGUGGAUGCACACCAACGACUUGUUGGGCAGGUCACCUUUGCAUUUUGCCGUUCAUCUGUGUACAGGGUGUAAAGGAUGAUGUGACCAAGACGACCACCAAUGACUACACACCACUUUCCUUAGCCUAUGCAGGUGGUCAUGUUUCUGUGGUGGCAUUGCUGCUGUGUCAUGGGCCUGACCCUCAUCACAAGCACAAGAACAAUUGUACCAUGGUGCUGGAGGCCAGUCGUGGUGACACGAAGGUGGUGCAGCUCCUUGUUGAGUUUCCCACCUCCAUUUCCCAUCUUCCUAUUGUUGUCGCGCCUGAACCCAGUGUGUCGGGUGACAGCACAGGAGUGGUCGGAGUGUUGACUAGUGUGCCCUUGCUGGAGGAAGAGCCUCCACACCUCACCAUGAAUUUCACUGUGAUUCCAGGCCUAUCUCCUAAAACACUUUACAUCCUCAAUGAAAAUCAAGCCAUAUAUGAUAUAUUUCGACAACUAGAUGGUCUACCUGGAGGAUCUACUACCGUCUCUAGUACUCAAGCCUCUGUUACUAAGGUAAACUGUAGCAAGACUAAUUGUAACACUUCCACCAUGGCCCCUGACCUUACUCCUGCCACUGGGGACAAGACUUCCACCAUGGCCCCUGACCUUACUCCUGCCACUGGGGACAAGACUUCCACCAUGGCCCCUGACCUUACUCCUGCCACUGGGGACAAGACUUCCACCAUGGCCCCUGACCUUACUCCUGCCACUGGGAACAAGACUUCCACCAUGGCCCCUGACCUUACUCCUGCCACUGGGAACAAGACUUCCACCAUGGCCCCUGACCUUACUCCUGCCACUGGGGACAAGACUUCCACCAUGGCCCCUGACCUUACUCCUGCCACUGGGAACAAGACUUCCACCAGUGAGGCUCAAACUGUGGGUGAUGAACAGCUUGGGGUUGGUGGAGUACUAGUGUCAGCCGAAGCUCCAUACAUGGUUGGUGAUGAAACUGUUCCAUGCAAUGGGUCAGCGGGUAAUGGACCCACUGGAGUAUGCCCUUAUCCUGCUGGAAAAUUCUGCCCUCUGGUUAAUGUAGAUAUCGAGAUACAUGCCAACCAUGACACACCCCUGACUUUGGCUUGUGCAGGUGGCCACGACGAAUUGGUGCAGCUUCUACUUGCUCGAGGCGCCGAUAUAGAGCACAGAGACAAGGCGGGAUUCACCCCCUUGAUUGCAGCAGCUUUUGCAGGACGUGCCAAGGUAGUAGAAACUUUACUCACUGCAGGUGCGAAUAUUGAGGCUCGGACUAACUUCACCCAGGAGACUCCUCUCUGUAUUGCAUGCUCAGGAGGCAAAUACAAGGUGGUAGAAAUUCUUCUCCAGCGAGGUGCCAAUAAGGACCAUAGAAGUGCAGUGGACUACACUCCUCUUGCUCUGGCUGCAGCUAAUGGCUCUGUUGACAUCAUUAAACUGCUGCUUAACAAUGGCACAGAGAUCGACUCACGCACAGGAUCCUCGCUUGGUAUCUCCCCACUCAUGCUUGCUGCCAUGAUUGGUCAUGUGGCAGCGGUGAAACUACUAUUAGACAUGGGCUCAGACAUCAAUGCUCAAAUAAAGUACAAUUGGAACACUGCCCUUACCCUGGCUUGUUUCCGAGGUCAGCACGAAGUUGUAUCACUUCUCCUUGACCACAAAGCUAAUGUUGAACACCGUUCCAAGGCUGGAGUAACACCUCUGAUGGAGGCUGCAAGUGGUGGCUUCGUUGAGGUAGGGCGUGUCCUGCUUGACAAUGGGGCAGAUGUCAAUGCUCCACCUGUACCAUCUUCUCUAGACACUGCCCUCACCAUCGCAGCAGAGAAAGGCCAUUAUAAAUUCGUGGAACUUCUUAUACAACGGUAA